AUGCUUACGCCUCGUGAGCAUGCGACAGCCGUUAACAAGGCACCGAUAGUUCGGGCCAUGACGGCAUUACUGAUGGUUAUUUCAAUUCAGGCUGCUACCAUACGAAUAGUGACGAGGGUGACCACAGUGGGAAGUCUCAGUUUGGAUGAUGGACUUGUUGCUGCAUCAACAGUCUUGGCUGUUAUCCAGUCAAUUAUCGUCAUAUUCGAGGGUUCAGCUGGUCUUGGCAAACGUGAUGGUAUUGAUACUGACCAGAUUUCUCUUAUCCUCAAGAGCCAGUACGCAUCCAACAUUCUGUUCAUCACCGUUCUCUUCCUCGCCAAGAUCUCGGCGACAAGAACGAUUCGGAGCAUGGCAUCUCGAGAACGUCAACGGUUGGUCCUGAUUACUGAAGGAGUCAUCAGUCUCUGGGCUCUGGGUUCAGUCAUAGCGUCUCUAUUUGAGUGCAGUCUACCAAAGCCGUGGGACUAUAUUCACGGAAAAUGCUUCAACCGUGCACUUUUUUGGACCGUGGUCGACAUUGUCAACAUUAUGACUGACAUUAUCGUCACGGGGAUCCUGAUUGACAUGUUCAAGAGUCUUCAGACCUCAAGGUCUAAGAAAUUCCUAGUAAUUGGAGUAUUUGGAUGUCGCAUUCUGAUUACUCCAGCCAUCAUCUGCCACAUCUACUACUUUCGCAAAGCUACAGACCUUAACAAACCCUUAUUCGACAUGUGGGCGCCAACUGUAAUUGUACAGGUUAUACAAUGCAUGAGCAUUAUGGUAACAUGCGUUCCCUUCCUAAAGCCGUUCAUGGAUAGCCUUGAAUCAGGACAAAUGAAUGCUGGUGAUGGAUUGCAAACACGAACCAGGGGCAGCGACUCUCGUAGCCGAACUGAUGAGACAGCGCCACGGACUCUUAGAGGGAUUACUACUCUAGCCUCAAACGCUUCAUACCGGAGGCAAAAUUACGAAAUGGUCGAUGCGGACAAUUGGGGCGCAAAAAAGGAUAAGGGGACAACAGCCUCAGCCACGGCAGUAACAACGGAGCAAAGUCGCCCUUGGGACGGGCAGAGUCAUACGAGUCAGUCGGUACUUGUGCACCAGACGUGGCAGGUAGAGAUUGAGAGGCAGAGCAGUACAUCGGAGCUUACUGGGUAG